AUGGCGAUUCAUGCUCUCCCCCUUCCCCUUCGAUCUGGUGAAAGCGGAGACGGAUCGCUACGCGGCGGCCGACUGGUCUGGUGCCAGGAGGAGCACAAGAACCAGGGUUACUAUGACUACGUCAAGCCCCGCCUCCGCACCACCGUGGGCCACGCGCGGCCCGUCUGGUACGCGGGUCGUGACCCGGCGGCGGCGCCGUCUACCGGGAACAAAGCGACUCACUUGGCGGAGCUGCAGCGGCUGAUGGACGCGGCGUUCUCAGGGAAAGUCUAGUGGGGGUUUUAUUAUCUUUCUAUUUUUUACACAUCAGACCUCGUUACCGUGACGACCUCGUGUUCGCAGCUACGGCCUCUGUUGUCGAGUUCAGUGCUUUUAUUUUGAAAUGAAUUGUAAUAUUUAUGAUAAUAAUAACGCACGUGCAUCUGUCAGAUACCGUAAUCAAUCCGCUGCUGAACAAAGGUUUGAACCAUUUAUUGAUUUCCUAGAAAUGUGUCAUUUACCAGCUCACUAAUAUUCCACUUGUAUUCAGAAUUUGACAAUAUUCUGAAUGUGACGCGUCAUAUUGUGUCAGGUUAGCCGCAUGCUAAGGCAACCAGCGGCUACUCCUCUUUAAAUGGGAUUGAUUGACAGCCGUAUCGGGGGUUAUUUGAGAUGAUUGUCGGGAUAUUUAAGAAUGUUUUUGCGUGAUUCCUCCACAAAUUGAAACAUUAAUUAAAUCUUUAAUUCAGAGAGUAAAAAAAACACACAACAUCGUAUCCAGUCUUCAUCAGAAGUGCCGAUUCCUUGAUCUCGAUUCCUUGAUCUCGUUUCCAUGACGACGUCACGCGAAGAACGAACUUCAGCAAAAAAGUUGCAUUGUAUUUAUUUUCGUGAAGUGUUUUGGAUGAAUAAAGAUUGUAGUUCCUGGUGAA